GCUGCCAGGAGUGGAGGCCGGCGCCGGGACCCCCUCCGGGACAGGGCGACGCGGAGGAGGCGGAGGCGGAGGAGGAGGAGGGCGUCCCCUCGAAGCCGCGCGGGGACGGGGAGCCCAAGGCCGGCACGAGGCGCCGGCGGAAGACGGCCGGGAGGCACUGGGUCCCCGAGGCCCGGGCCAGCGUCCUGAGGGGCGUUCCGGACCCUUGGCAAGGCCCCCCGGUCCCGGCGGCCCCCGCGGACGGCGCCAAAGGAGUGCCUCCGGGCACGGCCGCCAGGACUCCUCCGGAGAGCAGGCCGCCGGGGGAGACCCGCGGGAGCUACUGCAUGUCCGAGGACAGUGACAUCAACAUCACCAGCGAGGAGGAGCCCCUGCCCGGCGCCAGAGAGAAGGAGAGCGGAGGCGCCGGUCCCUGGGCUUCCCCGGAGAGCCGGGCCGCGCCACCAGAGGGCCUCUGCUGCUACAUCUGCGGGUCGCCGCUGGCCCCGGCCUCGCGGCACCAGAUCCACGUGCAGAAGCAGGAAAAGUUGGCUCAGGCGCCCUUCUUCCCCUUCCUGUGGCUGCACAGCCCCCCUCCGGGGGCACAGCCCAUCAGCGAGGGCGGCAGCACCCUGGUGUGCCCCUGCUGCUUCUCCUCGCUCAUGCAGCAGUGGCAAAGCUUCGAGCUGGCCAGCGUGCCCGUCCUGCAGCGACUGUACGUGGUGCCCCUGAACAGCCAUGCCCCGGGCAUGGCCUCCAAGGGCCGCCGGCUCCCCAGGGAGGAGGGCCCGCCUGCCGGGGCCCUGCCGGAGGCCUGCUAUCUCUGCGGGGAGGAUUGUACCCAGGACGCCCGGGCCGUGGCCUCCAGGAUCCUGAACGGCACCCCCAGGGGCUCCAUGCAUUUCCCCUUCCUCAGCCUCCUGCCCCGCCCCCCCAACGCCCGGGGCCCCAACAAGCGCUGCGAGGUCCGGAGCUGUCCCAAGUGCUUCAGCGUCCUGGAGGACGUGUGGGCCCUGUACCGGGCCUGCCACAACGACGAACUUAUCACCUCCGUGCAGGGCUUCCUGGGCAGGUACCACCAGGCCUUCUCUGCCUCGGACCCCGCCCUCUCCGAGCCGCCCGCGUCGGCCCCGGGCAGCCCAGCCUCCGUCUGCUACGUCUGCGGGGCCGAGCUGGGCCCCGGGAAGGAGUUCCAGCUCAACGUGAACCCCUCGGGCCGCCUGGGCGAAAAGGAGCCCUUCUUCCCGUUCCUCACCGUCUACCCGCCCGCCCCACGCGCCAGGCCCGCGGACUCCACCGGCCUGGUGGCCACCUGCGUGCUGUGCUACCACGACCUGCUGGGCCAGUGGCUGCAGCACGAGGCCCGCGGCGCCCAGCACACCGUCAGCGCCUGGUCUCGACAGUACCGGGUGGAGACGUUCGUGUGCUUCUUCUGCCAGCAGGAGAAGGAGCGGUGUCUUGGGCUGAGGGCCGUGCGGGUCGCCAGGCUGCCGCUGUUCCUCUACACCCUGCGAGCGAGCCACAGCCUGCUGGUGGACGAUGGGCGGCAGCUGAUCAUCGGCGCCUGCGCGGAGUGCGGGACCCUGGUGUGCGCCGGCCAAGGGCUGGCCCGCCAGGGGCCCCUCGGUUGGAGCUCCCCGGUGGCACCGGCGAUGAAGGUCACCUCUGCAUCUCUGGAGGCGUCGACAGCCGUCCACCCCCCAGCCAGGGAGCCUGAGCCCCGGCCAGGCGCCCCAGCAGAGAGCACGCCCAGAGGCCCCAGGACAGCCCAGGAGCCGGGGCCCGCCCGCUGUCAGCAGAGCGGCUUGGACGGGGCCGGAGCAGACCCCGCAGGCGCAGGCAUGAGCCAUGAGCCCAAGUCCCCUUCACUAGGGAUGCUUUCCACCGCGACCAGGACCACCGCCACCGUCAACCCCCUCACCCCCUCGCCGCUCAAUGGCGCCCUGGUGCCCAGCAGCAGCCCCACCACCGGCAGUGCGCUGUCGGCCCAGGUCGCGCCGUCCUCCAGCUUUGCCGCCGCGCUGCGCAAGCUCGCCAAACAGGCGGAGGAGCCCAGAGGGUCUUCGCUGAGCAGCGAGUCGUCCCCCGUGUCCUCCCCGGCCACCAACCACAGCUCUCCCGCCAGCACGCCCAAGCGCGUGCCCAUGGGCCCCGUCAUCGUCCCCCCUGGGGGCCACAGUGUGCCCAGCACACCCCCCGUGGUGACCAUCGCCCCGACCAAGACCGUCAACGGCGUCUGGAGGAGUGAGAACCGACAGCAGGACGCCGGCUCUCGGGGCGGCGGCGGCGGUCGGGAGCGCCUCAUCGUGGAGCCCCCGCUGCCCCAGGAGAAGGCGGGGGGCCCCGCCAUCCCCUCCCACCUGCUCAGCACCCCCUACCCUUUCGGCAUCUCCCCCAGCUCCGUGGUGCAAGACUCGCGCUUCCCACCGCUCAACCUGCAGCGGCCUGUGCACCACGUGGUGCCCCCGAGCACCGUGACUGAGGACUACCUGAGGAGCUUCCGGCCCUACCACACCACCGAGGACCUCCGCAUGACCUCCCUGCCUCCCCUGGGCCUGGACCCGGCCGCCGCGGCCGCCGCCUACUACCACCCCAGCUACCUGGCCCCGCACCCCUUCCCCCACCCAGCCUUCAGGAUGGACGACUCCUACUGCUUGUCAGCCCUACGGUCCCCCUUCUACCCCAUCCCCACGCCCGGCUCCCUGCCCCCGCUGCACCCAUCGGCUAUGCAUCUCCACCUGUCCGGGGUCCGCUACCCCCCCGAGCUCUCCCACUCGUCCCUGGCGGCGCUGCACUCGGAGCGGAUGUCCAGCCUCAGUGCCGAGAGGCUACAGCUGGACGAGGAGCUGAGGCGCGAGCGGGAGCGGGAAGCGGACCGCGAGCGCGAGAAGGAGCGCGAGCGGGAGAAGGAGCGCGAGCGCGAGAAGGAGCUGGAACGGGAGCGGGAGAAGGAGCGCGAGCGGGAGCUGGAGCGCCAGCGGGAACAGCGGGCCCGCGAGAAGGAGCUGCUGGCGGCCAAGGCGCUGGAGCCGGCCUUCCUGCCCGUGGCCGAGCUGCACGGGCUGCGGAGCCACGCCGCGGAGGAGCGGGCCAAGCCCUCGGAGCAGCUGACCCCCACGCGCCCAGAGAAGCUGAAGGAGACAGGUCUGCAAGCCCCGAAGCCCGUGCAGCACCCCUUGCACCCGACGCCCGCCCCCCACCACAGCGUGCCCAGCCUCCUCUCCAACCACAGCAUCUUCUCGCUGCCGGGCAGCAGCGCGGCCACGGCCCUGCUGAUCCAGCGCACCAACGAGGAGGAGAAGUGGCUGGCACGGCAGCGGAGGCUGCGGCAGGAGAAGGAGGACCGGCAGUCCCAGGUGUCCGAGUUCCGGCAGCAGGUGCUGGAGCAGCACUUGGACAUGGGCCGGCCCCCGGCACCCACGGAGGCGGAGCACAGGCCCGACAGCGCCAGGCCGGGACCGAACCGUCAGGAGCCGGGCAGCCGAGACCCCCCGCAGCACUUUGGCGGGCCCCCGCCCCUCAUCUCACCCAAGCCCCAGCACCACUCCGUGCCCACGGGCCUCUGGAACCCCGUGUCCCUGAUGGACAGCACCCUGGAGACGCGGCGGGCCCCCGAGAGCCACCCCCUGCACAGCCACCCCGCCCCGUUCGAGCCCGGCCGCCAGGCGGCCGUCCCCCUGGUGAAGGUGGAGCGGGUCUACUGCGCGGAGAAGGCCGAGGAGGGGCCCCGGAAGCGAGAGGCUGCCCCCCUGGACAAGUACCAGCCGCCCCCACGGGAGGCGGGAAGCCUGGAGCACCAGGCCUUCGCCCACGGGCCCGCGCCCUUCCUGGCUGAGCUCGAGAAGUCCACGCAGACCCUCCUGGGCCAGCAGCGGGCCCCCCUCUCCCAGCCGGCGCCCUUCGGGGAGCUCCCCGGGCCCCUGAAGCCGGGCUCGCCCUACCGGCCCGCGGCCCCCCGGGGCCCCGACCCCGCCUACAUCUACGACGAGUUCCUGCAGCAGCGCCGGAAGCUGGUCAGCAAGCUGGACCUGGAGGAGCGCAGGCGGCGAGAAGCCCAGGAGAAAGGGUACUACUACGACCUGGACGACUCGUACGACGAGAGCGACGAGGACGAGGUCAGGGCCCACCUCCGCUGCGUGGCCGAGCAGCCGCCGCUCAAGCUGGACACGUCCUCCGAGAAGCUAGAGUUUUUGCAACUUUUUGGCUUGACCACCCAACAGCAGAAGGAGGAAUUGUUGACCCAGAAGCGGAGGAAGCGGCGGCGGAUGCUGAGAGAGAGAAGCCCGUCGCCCCCGACGGUUCAGAACAAGCGGCAGACGCCUUCGCCGAGACUCGCACUGUCCACGCGCUACAGCCCCGACGACAUGAACAACAGCCCCAACUUGGAGGAGAAGAAGAAGUUCCUAACGAUCUUCAACCUGACUCACGUCAGUGCCGAGAAGAGGAAAGACAAAGAGAAACUUGUUGAAAUGCUCCAUGCCAUGAAGCAGAAGGCACUGUCCAUGGUGGUGGCGGACCCGCUCAGGAACUCUCCGAGGGACAGUCCUGCUAUCUCCCUGAGCGAACCAACCACGCAGCCAACCUCUCUGGAUGCGGAGAAGCCUGUGGGUGUCGCUGCUUCCCUGGCUGACGUCCCAAAGGCCACGGAGCCUGGGAGACUGGAGCAGCUGCGGCCCCAAGAGCCCGCUCCUGCCGGCGGCGAGAAGGCGAGGCUGAGCGAGGCCCCCGGGGGCAAGAAGGGCGUGAGCAUGCUCCAUUACAUCCGGGGCCCUGCGCCCAAGGACAUUCCCGUGCCGCUGUCCCACAGCAUCAACGGGAAGAGCAAGCCGUGGGAGCCCUUCAUGGCGGAGGAGUUUGCACAUCAGUUCCACGAGUCUGUGCUGCAGUCCACCCAGAAGGCCCUGCAGAAGCACAAAGGGAACGUGGCCGUGCUGUCUGCGGAGCAGAACCACAAAAUGGACACGUCCAUCCACUACAACAUUCCCGAGCUGCAGUCGUCCAGCCGGCUCCCUGUGCCCCCGCACAACGGGCAGCAGGAGGCCCCCACCGGGAGGAAGGGCCCCCUCACGCAGGAAAUGGACCAGGCCUCAGAGGACGACGACGAAGACGGGGAGGAGGACGACGACGAGCCCCCCAGGCGCAAGUGGCAAGGGAUUGAGGCCAUUUUUGAAGCUUAUCAGGAACACCUAGAAGAGCAAAAUCUGGAGCGGCAGGUGUUGCAGACGCAGUGCAGGCGGCUGGAGGCACAGCAUUAUAGCCUCAGCCUCACAGCCGAGCAGCUCUCUCACAGCAUGGCGGAGUUGAGGAGCCAGAAACAGAAGAUUGUUUCCGAGAGGGAGCGACUCCAGGCAGAACUGGAUCACUUAAGGAAGUGCCUUGUGUUGCCUGCAAUGCACUGGCCUAGAGGUUACUUUAAGGGAUAUCCUAGGUGACGGUUUCCCUUGUGCUAGGCCGAACCUAUAGUAUAGAAAUAUUAUCUAUUUUAUUACCUUGAAUAUUUAAUAUUUUUCACUGGGAGGUUUGAAGCUUAAAAUUUAAAAAAAAGAAAAAAAAAAAGAAAAAAAAAGAGAAUGUGCCAUGCAUGAAGCAAAGGACUCCAGGCCCCAGAAGAACGAACCCGCCUUGACUUCAAUGCAACGGAAUCACCUUUGUCAUUCAGCGAGCAACCGACUAGGACGCCCAUCGUUCUUUUUGUUUGGUCUUUUCUUUUCUUUUUAAAGGUGGUUUUCUUCUUCCCCCACGCCAUUAUUUUCUAGUCUGAAAGUGAAGGCUCCCUUACCAACACUAAAACUGUAUCAUUGAGGGCCCCUGGGUGCGAAGAAUGGAUCAGGCCGACUGUGUUGGGUUUCUGGUGUGGCCACGCGGCUCCCCGCCUCCUCGAGCCCCACCCACCCCGUCCCCUUCCGCCCCGGCGCGGGGUCGGCCUCGCUCCUCCCCCGGGACGGAGACCGGCUUCGGCAGAAGGAAGGCGGGGUGCAUUUUCCUGGUAAAGGGCUUAUUUGUUUGUUACUUUUCUGCACAAUUUUCUUCGAAGCAACAGGUCCUAGGAGCCCACAAAGCACCAAUACCGAAGCCUCACCCACAGGCUUUUCCCCGGAAAAGCUCUUAUCUAAAGUGCAUCACCCAACUGAAGGUACCUUUUUACUACUCCGUGGGGGAAAAUGUACAGAGCUCUAUGUAUACAUACGUUCACACCCACGAAAUUGUUACUGCGGUGGGUUGUGUUUUCAUACAAACGUAAAUUUUGAGAGAAAAGUCAAAGGUGCUUCAGCCUUGUACUGUGUAUAUAUAUUAAAAAAAAAAACAAAGUUUUGUAUGUUUUUAUUACUUUAAUUAUUGUUAUAAAAAGCCUGCCAUUUUUAAAUAUGUGGUUUGGGGGGAUUUUUGUUUGUUUGUUUUCCUGUUUGGGGGUUCUGUUUGUUUUUUUGCUUUUGUUUUCCUGGGCAAAAAAACUUGCUUUUAGUGUUUGUACUGCUGCUGGUCAGGACAUUAAACUAUUGAAGUGUUUUUAACGAUUAAAGAAGAAGAAAAGUAAAAGAGCUUA